AACAGAGCUGCCAUCUUGCGUCCCCGCGUGUGUGCACCUAAUCUCAGCUGGUCCGCCCGAGACCCCCUGAGCGUCAACCCUAGUCCCCUGCGCGGUCCCAUUUCCGCUCCAACAAGAUGAAAGAAACUAUCAUGAACCAGGAGAAACUCGCCAAACUACAAGCACAAGUGCGCAUUGGUGGGAAAGGAACUGCUCGCCGAAAGAAGAAGGUGGUUCAUAGAACAGCUACAGCAGAUGAUAAAAAACUUCAGUUCUCCUUAAAGAAGUUAGGGGUAAACAAUAUCUCUGGUAUUGAAGAAGUGAAUAUGCUCACAAACCAAGGAACAGUGAUCCACUUUAACAACCCCAAAGUUCAGGCAUCGCUGGCAGCGAACACUUUCACCAUUAUAGGCCAUGCUGAGACAAAGCAGCUGACAGAAAUGCUACCCAGUAUCUUAAACCAACUUGGUGCAGACAGUCUGACUAGUUUAAGAAGACUGGCUGAAGCUCUGCCCAAACAAUCUGUGGAUGGAAAAGCACCACUUGCUACUGGAGAGGAUGAUGAUGAUGAAGUUCCAGAUCUUGUGGAGAAUUUUGAUGAAGCUUCCAAGAAUAAAGCAAACUGAAUUGAGUCAACUUCUGAAGAAGAUAAAACUUAAAGAAGUUACUGGGAGCUGCUAUUUUAUAUUAUGACUGCUUUUUAAAAUUUUGUUCAUGGAUCUGAUAAAAUCUAGAUCUCUAAUAUUUUUAAGCCCAAGCCCCUUGGACACUGCAGCUCUUUUCAGUUUUUGCUUAUACACAAUUCAUUCUUUGCAGCUUAUUAAGCUGAAGAAGCCUGGGAAUAAAGUUUGAAAUAAGAUUAAUAAAGUUCUUUGCCUA